AUGUCUGCAGCUCGAACGUCGGAACGUAGUACUAUAUCGUUACCUACUAGUCCACAAAAAACUUAUAAAACUCCAGCACGACUUGGAACAGAAUAUGAAGAAGAAGAUAAAAAUUUAGUAAAAAGUUUAGUAUUAGGCUCAGCAUCUCUAAAACGACAAUCAGAUUUAAAUCGAAAAUCUCAUAUAUCUAAAAGUUCUUCAUCGACAAUUUCAUCAUUAGUUUCUCAAUCACAUGGAUUACUAUCGAGAGGACGAGCAAAUACUGAUACUCAAACAGUUGUAACUUCAACAAGUGGACUUAAACAACAAUCAGCAAAUGCAUCAGGAAUUGAUAGAAUUAUGGGUCAUUAUAAUCAACAACAUCAACAACAAUCAGCCUCAUUAAAACCUAAAUGUACACUACCCGCAUCAAAAUGUCAAUCAGGAUACAUUACAGCAUCGAAAUUAUUUAACAUGAUGGGUUAUGGAUUGCAAAAUCAAUAUUUAUUUAUGCAUGCGCAUUAUCUCUAUAUCAUCGAUUGUCGAUCACGAGAAGAAUUCGAUGGUGAUCAUAUUCUUACGGCUAUUCAUUGGGAAGAUGCAUUAAAUGGUACUGUGUAUAUAUCACUUGUUGAACGAUUUAGUGAAAUAGUAUUAUAUGAUGAAAAAGGUAUUGCCUCUAAUAUGUCAACAGAAAUGCGACAAAUUAGUAAUCGUUUUUCACCACCUGGCUCAAGGCCAUGUGUAAUAUUAGCUGGUGGCUUUGAAACAUUUCAUACAUUAUAUCCAUUUAAUUGUACUCAGAACAAUGUACGUUCAACUGUUGAUCGUGAAAAAUUCCUUACAAUUUAUCCAUCUGUUGUUCUUGAUAAUCAACUUUAUCUUGGUACUGGUCAUCAAGCAACAAACUGGAAAGUUGUACGUGAUCUUCAAUUAACACACAUUAUAAAUAUAUCCAUUGAACAUCAAUGUGUAUUUCCUGAUAAAAUAAAAUAUUUACAUUUGGAAUUAGAAGAUAAAGAAGAUGUUUUAUUAAAAGAUCGUUUUGAUGAAACUAUACGUUUUAUGGACACUGCGCUUCAAAAUCCAUCAAAUCGUAUACUUGUUCAUUGUAAUUUGGGUAUAUCAAGAUCAACAACAUUAAUUCUCGCUUAUCUAAUGAAAACAUAUAAUGCUACUUUAUAUGAAGCAUUUCGAUAUUUAAGACAUCGUAGACCCAUUAUUUGUCCAAAUUGGGGUUUUCUUCGACAAUUACUUGACUAUGAAAAUCAUUUAUUUUCUUACGUUUAUACUGAUCCUAAGGAUCCAAUAUUUUAUUGA